CAAAUCAGUAAGUUAAAGAGGCAAGUAAUAGCUCUUCCAAUUGGUCUAGGAACUUUGAACAUUGUGCUCAAAAUCGCUCAUAACUAAUGAAUACAGAUCUGAUGUCAUCACUUGUGUAAAUGAUGGAUCAAUAGGUCAGUGGAGGUUCUCUGCUUUUACAAGAAACCCAAUGGAUACUUCCAGGACCAUGAGUCAUAGCUACACAUUUUUAUAAUAGUUAAUUCUGGUGACACUGAAGGGUAUCGUUGUCGACAUAAUGAGAGGAGAGAAAACCCAUCGCUAUCCUGACUCUAUUCCGGAAGCCUCUCUCCUCUUUCUAGUAUCUUCUUCUAUUUAUCUUUUUCUUCUCUUCCUCUAUUUAUCUUUUUCUUCUCUUCCUCAUAAAUUCACAAAUAACCAAUUGAACUUGGUAACUCAAAAAUCAAGUGUUUUCAGAAAUUUGAAACUUCGUAAUUUCUCAUGGAUUAUUUGGUGUAAAGAACGCUGCCCUAAUUUAGCCUUCAAAACUUGUUUACUGUGCUGCAUAUCCAGCCUGACUUGCUCGCAUAGAUAUAGACAUUCCUGCCCCCAAUGACAUUAAAUGCAAAAAAUGUUUGGGCGGGAUUUCAAAUCCAUUACCAUGCAGUUAUUAGCCCAAGCAUAAUACAACUGCACUAGGCAACAAGCCCUCACUCUUAACAAACGUCACGUACACAAAAUAUCAUUUUACAAUCAAGAACAGCUCCCAACAUUUUCCACAAGCAAAGUACACAAUUGAAUCGCAAUUGACCAUUUACAAACAUAAACAUUAUGCAUUGAAAACUGGGUACCCGAAAAGCUGAUGUGCAAUGGCAAGCGC